AGGUUAAAAAUCUAUAAGAGCCUGAUUUUAGAAUUCACCAGCUCAUCAGAAGUUUGACGAAAUAUGAGUUAUUAAGCCUACGCUCAGAUCAAGUUAGCAGCUAGACUGGUGUGACAACCUGUUUUUAAUCAGUCUCUCAAAGCUGUGAUCACCCUGAUGUCACCGAAUGGCCACAGCUUGUAAAAGAUCAUCCAGAGAACCUCAGUCUGACGAAGUUGAAGCUAGCCGAAUGAAGCGUGCAGCUGCAAAGCAUCUAAUAGAACGCUACUACCACCAGUUAACUGAGGGCUGUGGAAAUGAGGUGUGCACGAAUGAGUUUUGUGCUUCCUGUCCAACUUUUCUUCGAAUGGAUAACAAUGCAGCAGCUAUUAAAGCCCUUGAGCUUUAUAAAAUUAAUGCAAAACUCUGUGAUCCUCAUCCCUCCAAGAAAGGAGCAAGUUCAGCUUACCUUGAGAAUAACUCAAAAGGUGCCCAUAACAACUCCUGCGCUGACAUAAAAAUGAAUAAGAAAGAAGGACCCCGAGAUGAUUUUAAAGAUGUCACUUAUCUAACCGAAGAGAAAGUAUAUGAAAUUCUUGAAUUGUGUAGAGAGAGAGAGGAUUAUUCCCCUUUAAUUCGUGUUAUUGGAAGAAUUUUUUCUAGUGCUGAGGCAUUGGUUCAGAGCUUUCGGAAAGUCAGACAACACACCAAGGAAGAACUGAAAUCACUUCAAGGUAAAGAUGAAGAUAAAGAUGAAGAUGAAAAGGAAAAAGCUGCGUGUUCUGCUGCUGCUAUGGAAGAAGAUUCAGAAGCCUCCUCCUCAAGGAUAGAUGAUAGCUCUGAGGGAGAGAACAGUUUACAAAAACUAGGCCCAGAUGAUGUAUCUGUGGAUGUUGAUGCCAUUAGAAGAGUCUACACCAGAUUACUCUCUAAUGAAAAAAUAGAAACUGCCUUUCUUAAUGCACUUGUAUACUUGUCACCUAAUGUGGAAUGUGAUUUGACCUAUCACAAUGUGUACUCCCGAGAUCCUAAUUACCUGAAUUUAUUCAUUAUUGUAAUGGAGAAUGGAAAUCUUCAUAGUCCUGAAUAUCUGGAAAUGGCUUUACCAUUGUUUUGCAAAGCAAUGAGCAAGCUUCCCCUUGCAGCCCAAGGGAAACUAGUUAGACUGUGGUCCAAAUACAAUGCAGAGCAGAUUCGGAGAAUGAUGGAAACGUUUCAGCAACUUAUUACUUACAAAGUCAUAAGUAAUGAAUUUAACAAUAGAAAUCUAGUGAAUGAUGAUGAUGCCAUUGUUGCCGCUUCAAAGUGCUUGAAAAUGGUUUACUAUGCAAAUGUAGUGGGAGGAGAAGUAGACACAAAUCAUAAUGAAGAAGAUGAUGAAGAGCCCAUUCCAGAGUCCAGUGAAUUGACUCUUCAGGAGCUAUUGGGAGAGGAAAGAAGAAACAAGAAAGGGCCUCGAGUAGAUCCAUUGGAAACUGAACUUGGUGUUAAAACUCUAGAUUGUCGAAAACCACUUAUCCCCUUUGAAGAGUUUAUUAAUGAACCUUUGAAUGAUGUUCUAGAAAUGGACAAAGAUUAUACUUUUUUCAAGGUAGAAACAGAAAACAAAUUCUCUUUUAUGACAUGUCCCUUUAUAUUGAAUGCUGUCACAAAGAAUUUGGGAUUAUAUUACGACAAUAGAAUUCGCAUGUACAGUGAACGAAGAAUCACUGUUCUCUACAGUUUAGUUCAAGGACAGCAGUUGAACCCAUAUUUGAGACUCAAAGUCAGACGUGAUCAUAUCAUAGAUGAUGCACUUGUGCGGCUAGAGAUGAUCGCUAUGGAAAAUCCUGCAGACUUAAAGAAACAGUUGUAUGUGGAAUUUGAAGGAGAACAAGGAGUUGAUGAAGGAGGUGUUUCCAAAGAAUUUUUUCAGCUGGUUGUGGAGGAAAUCUUCAAUCCAGAUAUUGGUAUGUUCACAUAUGAUGAAUCAACAAAAUUAUUUUGGUUUAAUCCAUCUUCCUUUGAAACGGAGGGUCAAUUUACUCUGAUUGGCAUAGUCCUAGGCUUGGCUAUUUAUAAUAACUGUAUAUUGGAUGUCCAUUUUCCCAUGGUUGUCUACAGGAAACUAAUGGGGAAAAAAGGAACUUUUCGUGACUUGGGAGACUCUCACCCAGUUCUAUAUCAGAGUUUAAAAGAUUUAUUGGCGUAUGAAGGAAAUGUAGAAGACGAUAUGAUGAUCACUUUCCAGAUAUCUCAGACAGAUCUUUUUGGUAAUCCAAUGAUGUAUGAUCUAAAGGAAAAUGGUGAUAAAAUUCCAAUUACAAAUGAAAACAGAAAGGAAUUUAUCAGUCUCUAUUCUGACUACAUUCUCAAUAAAUCAGUAGAAAAGCAAUUCAAGGCCUUUCGAAGAGGUUUUCAUAUGGUGACCAAUGAAUCUCCCUUAAAGUACUUAUUCAGACCUGAGGAAAUUGAAUUGCUUAUUUGUGGAAGCCGGAAUCUAGAUUUUCAAGCACUCGAAGAAACUACAGAAUAUGAUGGUGGCUAUACCAGAGACUCUGUUUUGAUUAGGGAGUUCUGGGAAAUUGUGCAUUCAUUUUCUGAUGAACAGAAAAGACUCUUCUUACAGUUUACAACUGGUACAGAUAGAGCUCCAGUGGGCGGACUCGGAAAAUUAAAGAUGAUCAUAGCCAAAAAUGGCCCAGACACAGAAAGGUUACCUACAUCUCAUACUUGCUUUAAUGUCCUUUUGCUUCCGGAAUACUCCAGCAAAGAAAAGCUUAAAGAGAGAUUGUUGAAGGCCAUCACAUAUGCCAAAGGAUUUGGCAUGCUGUAAAACAAAAAAGGAAAAUAAGAUAAAUAAAA